UCUGACAAACUCUAUUCGCAUCGGUCUGUCUCACUUGUGCGACGGAUCGUCUCGGCUCAACGGUGCUUGCGGGAGGAAAAAUGUGUCACUAGACGGUGCGAGCUGCAUCAUCCAUAUUUUCAAGAUGCACGUCAGUAGGUAGUAUCGGCGUAUGAGAUGAACAAGAACAUGAACUCGCCGUCGAAACUCACGGAGUUCGCUCCGUUGAGUCCCGAAGAGAGCCAGCCUGUCGUAGCGUCCCUCUUUUCCAGGUUCUUCAACUUCGCCAGGAAUCCAUCGAGCACCAGUGAUCCCACAGUGUCCUUGAACAAUGAUGAGCGUAGCUCUUCGGACUCUGAAUCGUGGAAGCAGUCGGAAAGUACAGAACGGACUCCCGACGAUGAUAAUACCAGCAUAAUAAAUUUUCCCUUGGAUACUCGCGAAGGUCGUAGUUUGCCGAACGUCUUGAAACGUAUCAGCAAUAUUGUGGCAUUGAAGAGUAACAAUCUACGUUCGUACAAAGAUUCUCAGUUAAGAAGCUAUUGGAUGCCAGACAGCGUAAGUAAGCAGUGCUACGAGUGCGGCGAGAGGUUUACUACUUUCCGAAGGAGACACCACUGUCGAGUGUGCGGCCAAAUUUUCUGCUCGAAAUGCUGCUCCGAUCAGAUACCGGGGAAAAUCAUGGGAUGCACUGGAGAUCUUCGAGUUUGUACAUAUUGCUGUAAAGUAGUCCUUUCUUACCUACAAUCGUCAGACAUGAGGAGUGAUUUAUCAGCGGAUCUGAAGGCGCUGCAGGAGGAUCUUCAGGUGAAAUACGGAAACAAUUCACCACUGUUAACGCGAAAGCACACGAACGAGUCGAUGGGAGACGAAGCAUUGGUAUGUCGGAAGCCAAGUGUGGGAUACAUGGAGGAAAAUUACGCGACCGAACGAUCAGGGAACAGUUAUUUAACGUCGCAUGAACGUACCCUCGUGUUGCAAAAUUCAGCUUCCCUGCGGAUGAUCUGGGAGGAAUUGUUCCGGUCUGGUCAAGCCAUUCCUUUGCAAACACACCGGAUCCGAUUGAAGAGUUAUCACAAUUGUUUCCUGGCUAACGAGCUGGUGAAUUGGAUGAUAGCUCAGAGCAAAGCAGCCACGCGCGUGCAGGCGACGGCGAUCGGGCAAGCGCUGCUGGAAGCGGGCUUCAUCGAGCCGGUUGUCGCCGACAACAACGUGUUCAGCGACACCGCGACGAUAUUUAAACCGGUACAGUUAUCCUCCCUGCAAAGUAUAGAUCUGUUGGCAGAGAAGCAGACAACGUGCGACGCUCAGGAGCCGGCGUGGGUGAAGACCAUUCCUCAGCAUGAUUCCACCACUGAUUCCGAGAGCGAGACGAAGCCGACGACCUCGACGCCCUUUGGCCGUGUGCCCUCGACCGUUUCCCAAUCGACCUUUGGCCGUUUGCCCUCGUCCAGUUCAAGCUUUUACUUGGACUUGAACUUGGAGGCGUCCACAGUUACCUUGAAGAGACCGACCUCGGAAGAUCUGACCACGAUUUCCAUAGAUAGCAGCGACGGGAUAGUCGAGCAGAAGGAGAUCAGCCUCGCGAAAACGCACGAUUGCAAUCUCAAGAUGUGCGACGACCUGUUGAGCGAUACUCUUCAGGUGCACGAGCUCAAGGAGAAGAACGGUUGGCACAAAGCGACCAAUCUGAGGACCGUCUUCGGCGAGCUGAGCGCGUACGAGUGCCUGACGUCCGCGUACAAAGUUCACGAGGAUUCCCUCAUCAAGCAGCUCCUCAGCAAGGAGGGCUUGUCGCAGACGUGGUCCAGCACGAUUCUGACGGUCGCGCAUCAGAUUGUCGACCACGUCCGGCCGGAUUUGAACCACGACGCCGACAAUCUGGACAUCCGGCAGUACGUGCAGUUCAAGAAGUGUCCCGGUGGCAGCAGGGACGACUGCGAGAUCGUGUCCGGCGUGGUGUGUAGCAAGAACAUCGCUCAUCGCGGCAUGAACGCCAUGAUCGCGCAUCCGAAGAUCCUGUUGCUGCAGUGCGGACUGAUGUAUCAGCGCGUGGAAGGCAAAUUGCUGAGCUUGGAGCCCGUGAUGCUGCAGGAGAGCGAGUACCUGGGGCACACAGUAGCGAGAAUCACCGCCCUGGGCCCGGAUGUGGUACUCGUGCAUCGAUCUGUAUCCAGACUCGCGCAGGACAGGCUGAGGGAGUGCGGCGUAACUUUGAUCUUGAAUGUGAAGCUCAGCGUAUUGAAGAGAGUGGCGCGCUGCACCGGCGCCAGCAUCGUGAACACUAUAGACGCGCACAUAAGUGCCAGGUACAUGCUUGGCACGUGCAAGAAGUUUUACUUGAGGGAGUUCCCGGACGAACGAAGAGGAGUCAAGACGCUGAUGUACUUUGAAGGCUGCGCGAAUCCGCAUUUGGGCGCGACGAUUCUAUUACGAGGCGGCUCGCAGGUCGAAUUGAAGAAGGUGAAGAGCGUCACUGCGAUGAUGAUCUUCGCGGCCUAUUCGUGGCGUCUGGAAAAGUCCUUCCUCAUGGACGAAUUCGCCAAGCCGCCGUCGCCCAAGGACAAUUCCUUCCUGGACGAGACGUUGCAGAAGGAUGUUUCGCCGAGGCUGGAGCAGCCCGAGAAACUGGAGAGUCACGUCGUCGACGAGCAUCAGAUCCAGACGGACGCGAGGAAAUCGUCAGAAGUGAGCGAGGAAUACGUCGACAACGGGCAGCCACAGAGCGUGUACGGGUCGGCCAACCAGCACGCAAAGGACGAGAGCGGCGUUUAUUCCUCCGAAAGUAUACUGGCUUCCGACUCUUUGCGGGAAGUAUCGUCGAUGCUAUCGGAGGACUCCGACCCUUACGACACUUUGAAGCUGUUCAAGACGAAACUGAGACACGCAAGCUCGCACGAGCCGAAGAACGCGGCGUCGACGGCGCGCGAUAACAGUGCCGCUCCGUGUAACGACGGCAGGACGAGCAAGGACGACGCCACGGAGCUGUUCGGCAACAAGGAGCCGUGCGUCGAGCAGCCCAAAGCCACCGAGGAGCCGUUCUUCGACAAAGCGAAAUUGAAAGACAGGAUAUCGUCGGAGGAGAAGCGCAUCUACGGGGAGUCCAUAAGCGACCGGAGCGACCCGCUGCACCAGUACCUCAACGAGGAGGACGAGGAGGGGAACGUGCUGGAUCGCACCAGCCCGAGCGGCCAGUGCUUGAGCGUGGCCGAGUUUCCGCUGUUCAACAAGUUCAAGAAGUCGCUCGAGGGCACCGUGCUGAGCGUCUCACCUUACCUCAAGUUCUCCAUCCCGUACCUGGAGACCGAGCUCGGCAGGAACUGCCUGCUGAGGAGCUUCUUCCCGCGGGAGAUCUACUACUCCGCCCAGUUCCUCGACAAGGUGAAGGAGACCCGCGCGAACAGCGUGAGCGAGCAGCACGUCCUGGACAAUCCGCGGGCGAGCAUGCGUCUGAAGUCGCAGCAUCCGUUCGUGCAGGCGCGACUCACCAGCUACGACGGCCGCGAUGCGCAAAACAUGCUGGCGAAUUUCCGCGCGUGCGGCAGUCGGCUCUACCCGACGCACAACGUACUGUUCCAGCAGCCGUCCUCAGCGCCGGCCGAGAGCAGCAACGAUCAGAUCGGCGCGUGGCCGGAUUGCUUGGACCCCGGCAGCCACCAACGGCUGGCCGUACUGUUCUGCAGCUUCUCGCACACCGGCAACGACACCCCGGCGUUCUGCGUGAACCCCUGGGUCGUAAACAUGGAUAUGUACGGGCAGAACGACAUCGCGCUCGGCCGCUUCCUCGAGCGUUACUGCCUCACCACCGAGUACAAGUGUCCGGCGCAGGCGUGCCGCGCCCAGAUCUCUCAACACGUGCGCCGGUUCGCGCACGACGGCGGCUGCGUGCACAUCAGCCUGAGCGAGAUGAGCACGGAGCCGUUCGUCCAGGAGAACGACGACCAGAUCCUCGUAUGGAGCAAGUGCAUGCGCUGCAAGAGCGUGUCGCCGGUGGUGCCGAUGUCAGGCGACACCUGGUGCCUGUCGUUCGCCAAGUACCUCGAGCUGCGCUUCUACGGCGGCGUGUACACCAGACGCGGCGCGGACGCGUGCCAGCACUCUUUGCACCACGACUACUAUCAGUACUUCACGCGGAAGAGCAUGCUCGCGGUGUUCAAGUUCUCGCGCAUCUCCCAGUGGGAGAUCUCGCUACCGCCGCCGCUCAUCAACGUCAUCUACGACCCGAAGCAGCACGCGAACGUGAUCGAGGAGAUGAAGAGCCUCGCGCUCAAGGGUGACGAGGUGUUCUCCGCGAUCCGGGAGAAGCUGACGCAGCUGCUGCAGCAGGACCUCGAGAGCCUCAACAUCGCGAAGCAGCAGCUGAGCAAGGAUCAGCAGUACUUCAAGAACAAGAUCGAGGAGAUCCAGCUGAAGCUGACGUCGCCGACGUUGGAGAACAAGCGACUCGAGGGCAAGACCUCCGAGAGGCAGGUGCAGGCGCUCAUGUUCAGGAUCGAGGACGGCAUCGUGAUACUGAAACGGCUCAUCGCCGAGGCCGUGUUCACGUGGAACAACAAACUGUCGGAGAUGAUGUCCACCAAGAGGAAGGACGAGCGACCGCGCAGGUUCACCGAGCGCUCCCUGACCGCCGGCAGCAACAGCAUCGUCGACACCGACGGCUACAUCACCGAGGACACCGCGUCGGAGUCGCAGCUCGAGGACCUCAGCCCGAUGUCGGCCGACUACAACGCCGUGGACGCGAUCACGGCCAUGCAGCAGACCGACUUCCAAGCGUCCACCGAGCUGGUCGAGAACUCCGACAACGAGUCCGCGAAUAAUCCCGACGAGGCCGGGAAUCAGGGCUCGCCCAAGAUGCACCAGAGAUCGCAUUCCGACGUGCUGCCGCUCUCGUCGGACGACAUGUCCGACAAGAAAAAGAAGAAGAAGACGAUCCUGUCGCAAUUGCUGCCGUCCGUCUCCGUCAAUCACACGAUAACGAAUCCCCUCGGCCCCCUCGAGCACUACUUGCUGCCGCUCGGCUCGGUCGUUCCCAUAGUAGUUUACGAGUCCGAGCCGUCGUCGAUAAUCGCGUACGCGCUGGACUCGCACGACUACAAGCACGCGCUGCAGGAACAAUGUCGCACGACGAAGGGGUCGGAAUUCAACCCGAGCCCGCAGCCGAGCAGACGCAAGUUGCCGGAGGACAGGGACAGCUCGCUCGACCUCCUGCAGUCGAGCGAGUUCAAGCGGCCGUCCGUGUUGUCCUUCUUCCGUGGCAACAGUCCCAACCUGGCUAACAGUCCCAUCGAGUCCGACAAGAGCGUGUCGGGCGUGGAGUCGAGCAACGCCGCCGCUACCGCUGGCACCGGCGAGCCCCUCGACGACGACAAGAGGACGAUCAAGCAGCAGAACUACAUCGAGGUGCAGUUCAACGACGCCACCACCAUGUUCUUCUGCAGGAUAUACUUCGCGGCGCAAUUCGCCGCUCUGCGCGAGAACGUGCUGCCGUGCGGCGAGGACGGCUACACGAGGAGUCUGAGUCGCAGCGUGCAGUGGGCGGCGAAAGGCGGCAAGAGCGGCAGCGCUUUCUGCAAGACCAGAGACGACAGGUUCAUCAUAAAGGAGAUGUCCCGGGUCGAGAUGCAGAUCUUCUCGAACUUCGCGCCGAAUUACUUCGCCUACAUGGAGAAGUGCCAGCAGACCAAGCAGCCGACGUUGCUCGGCAAGAUAGUCGGCGUGUACAAGAUGUCGUUCAGGAACAACCCGACCAACGCGUCGCUCCACAUCAAAGUACUGGUGAUGGAGAAUCUCUUCUACAACCGGAUCAUCACCGACAAGUUCGAUUUGAAGGGAUCCGUGAGGAAUCGCCUGGUGAAUCCGGACGAGACCUGCCACGAAGGCGAGCUCGUCCUGCUCGACGAGAACCUGCUGAACAUGAGCUGCGACUCCCCCCUGUACAUCCGCUCGCAUUCCAAGGCGGUGUUGAACCGAGCGAUCGAGCAAGACACCAAGUUCCUAGCGGACAAUUCCGUGAUGGACUAUUCCCUGUUGGUGGGCUUGGAGCCGAGCUCCGACGAACUCGUGCUCGGUAUAAUAGAUUACAUAAGAACGUUCACCUGGGACAAGAGGCUCGAGACCAUGGUAAAGAAGUCCGGCAUACUGGGCGGUCAGGGUAAACUGCCGACUAUAAUAUCGCCGGAGGAGUAUCGCGCCAGGUUCAUAGCCGCUAUGCACCGUUACUUCCUGCCGGUGCCCGACAGAUGGUCGGGUCUCGGAAAAGGUGUCGAGACUACAUCUUGAAUGCCAUUCCCAAAGAUUAAGGAUAGGAUGCGAUUUUACACGUAUAUACAGACACGCUCGUAGCUGAUGUACAUAUGCAUUUUCUACGCAUGUAUUGUAACGAGACUUCGAAGGACGAGAAUCGCACGUUUCCGCGUAAAUCAGCUGUUAACUUAAUACUUUGUACCGUGAUAAAACAAAGAUGUGCUCGCGCGAGUACAAAAGGUGAUACAGGAUAGUUACCAGCUCUUAAUACUCUGCGACUUAUUACUACGAAGCGAAAAUUUGGACCGUUAAAGGGAGAAAUUUAAGUUACGUAUGAUUAUCGUGUCGCAACUUUUUGUAUAGAAGUAACUUCCAUGGCUCUUCUCGCAGGAUAUGCCGCGUCUGUCCAAAGAGCUCGUACACAUUUAUUCUUUCCCGUCAAAUAGCAAUAUAUAUAUAAUACAUACAUAAAUAUAUAUAUAUGUAUGUAUAGGUUUGAACUCUCGCUGAUUAUUAUCGUUAAUGGUCGGUGUUUUCCUCUCGAUUAACGUUUCUCGGUCUGGGAACGGAAAAUCAUCAAGGAAAAACCGACACGUAUUCCGAAGACGAUGACUGUCGAGAGAUUUCAGGGAUUCGAUGGAAGAGACGCUACAAUAAGUGUGCGAUUUUGCAAAGCGAAUAUUCUGAGAGUGAGAUGCACCCGAGAUGUACCUGAUAAUUAAAUAUAUGCUUUUGGAAAAAUUAUUGUCUAUGAACCGUUUGGACAGACUGCACAUAAGGCACGCGUACGUUGCGUCGCGCUCGAAAUUGUACAUGUGUAUAUUGUUUCAUUUUACGUCUCACUGUUCAACAACAUUGUCAGACGCGCUCUUACUCGAACUUUUACCCGAAUCAUUACUUCGUUACCGUUGUUUUUACAGAAAUCGCGGCCCGUUAAAUUUUAACUAUUUUUCGUGAUCGGAAAAAGUGAUCUCUAAAAUUUUAUACGUAUAUAUAAAUGUAUAUAGAUCUUUUUAUAAUAUACUUUUAGCACGUGGCUGUUCCAAAAUUCGAAAAUACGAAAGUUUAAGUGAAACUGAACUUCGCAAGGCUAAGAAAAAAAGCACCAUUAUUAAUAUUUUAUUUAAUUCUUCAAAAUU